GGUAGACUCAAUCCGUGAGCAACCUUUACCGCGAUAAGACGUACGGUCCGGCUGCAACGCGUGCUGCACAAUACAAGUGAUACCUUCCUGCCAUCCCAUUUUGCUGUUACCUGGCCCCUGAGGUUUGGGAACGAUGUACAGCGACUAGGAAAAGAAAGAUCAUUUCUCAUCUGUGGAGUUCGUUCGGAACGCGAUGUGUGAAGGUGAAGUGGUGGGCUUUCUUUGGCUCUCCGUUUGCCACCGUGUUUUCUGUCGUUUCAUCGUUUGGAAUGCGAUCGGAAAUUUCGUACUGGCCUAGUUUCACUCUGGAUUAGGUUCUGCAUCCGGGAUCGAGUUGGGGCGAAGAGCUCGGUUGGUUCUGUGGUUCUUCUGAAAGUGGUGAAAGUAACAGAAGAUUGCAAUCGACCAAAGUGUAUAAUUAGAAAUUGGUCGAAAAUUAAGUUCUCAAAAUUGGAUAAAUUUAGCAGAUAGAGCAAAUUAAGAGAGAAAAGUUUAAGGAAUCGAAUCAGCGAUCGCAGCAGAAAGGCAAAGUUGUGCAACGUAAACCGUUUUGUGGUGUCCAAGAACUGGUGUUCGUGUUAGUGAAGCAAUUCAAUGGCUGCUGGUAGAGAGCUGACUGCAAGAAAAUGCUCAACGAACAGUGACUAAAGACGGGUCACUUUGGGUUAGUCAGCACGAUUUUCUCUCACGCUAUCGAAAUUUGCGCAUCAGUGAGAAAGCCUUCCCCUUUUCGGACAAACGAUAAAUUCUGCUGGAUCGAGCAGCUCGAGAAAACCACAACUUUGAAACAGUGCAAAAGACGUCAUCGGAAACCAUUCGAGUUGCGAUGACGAGGUUUAAACUAACACCUCCAGCAAGGAUGGUGAUCCAACGACUGGUUUUUGCAUCCGUAUCGAUUUUGCUGAUUCUAGUCGAACCGGUUCGCUGUCAGAUCAUCAACCGAACACCGCACUUUAUUCCUAGCUCCGGAGACAUGUCUCGGUUUAGUCUGCCGGAAAAUACACCGGUUGGAAGUGUCGUUUACCAGCUGAGAGGCGUUGACCCCGAAGGAGGCAAACUGCGAUACAGUAUAUCUGGACCCGUUUUCAGUGUGGAUCGUGAGACCGGCGUGGUUCGAUUACGGCAGUCCCUGGAUCGCGAGUUGCAGGACAGCGUGGAAGUGAUCAUUAGUCUAACAGACGAAGGCACACUGGGUACGGAACCGAACACUGUCUCGCUGAGGCGUGAAAUUCCUAUUCGUGACUACAACGACAACACCCCAACGUUCGUUGGACGACCCUACAGUGCAUCGUUGAGUGAGUCCACCAAGCCGGGUUCGAUCGUCAAAAUAAGCCCGGAGAUCAUAGUGACGGAUUUGGACGAGGGCAUGAAUGCCGAUGUGAAGCUGUCCUGCUAUCUAGAUCCCACUAAAGAAAACGAUGACAUUUGUGAGGUUUUCGAGGUACGGACUGAAAAAAUAGCCCAGGGAAAGUACGGGGCUCAAAUCGUUCUAAGGAAGCCCCUGGAUUUCGAAACAAGACCAUCCUACAUCCUAACAAUCCAGGCUAAAGAUGGUGCGAUAACAAAUCCGCUCAAAUCGUAUGCAACCAUUGCUAUCACGAUUAUUGACGUACAGGAUCAACCACCCGUUUUCAUCAAUGCGCCCUAUUCGGCGUCUAUUCCCGAAAAUACUCCCGAAGGAACCAUCGUUCUGACGAUUAAUGCAACAGAUGGAGACACUGGUAGUCCACGACCAAUUGUACUCUCGUUGGAAAACGAACAGAUGGGACACUUCAAACUCAAACAUGUGGGUGACCACCGGUCGGGUAUUGCCAAUCUAAUAACUACGGAUCGAAUGCUUGAUCGGGAAGAUCUGAAAAUUAUUCGCAAUGGCGGAGCAUACACAUUCUCCGUGCGUGCCACCGAACUCAUUAAUAAUGAAAUCCCCGGGGACUCGACAAGCUCGCAGGUCACUAUAGUUCUCACAGAUGUUGACGACCAUAUUCCAGAGUUCAACAAACCAUCAUUCGAAGUGUCGAUUCCGGAGAAUCUAGAAAACGACACACCUUUACCGGAUCUUGCCAUUAUUGUCACCGAUAUGGAUCUAGGAGCCAACAGUAGAUACACGCUUUCCCUAAGAAAUGUUCACAACUCCGAAGGUGUGUUCGGUGUAACACCUAUCCAAGGUGAGGGACGUACACCAGUAGUCGUAAAAGUGAAAGACUCCACGAAGCUAGACUACGAUGUGCGAAAUCCUGACUUGCGGAAGUUUGUGUUUGACAUAGUCGCUUCGGUCAACGAAGAAGAAAAAUCCAAAACUCAAGUAACUGUUCAUCUUCAGGAUGCUAACGAUAAUUCACCCGUUUUCCCACGCGCGAACUACAAGCUACGCGUGAAGGAAAAUUCUCCCAAAGGUUUCAAGAUUGCGAAUAUUACAGCAAUCGACAAUGACACCGGAGCAUUCGGCAAGCUGACGUACACGGUAAAGGGAUUCGGUGCAGAUUACUUCUACACAGAUCCUUCCAGUGGUGGAGUUUUCGUCAAUCUAAAUCUGGACUAUGAAAUGCAAAAAAGUUAUAGUUUGGCGCUUGUAGCCACUGAUGGAGGCGGUCGUGAAACCAACGCUAAUCUUUUAAUUGACAUAAUGGAUGUCAACGAUAACUACCCGACAUUCGAAUCGCUGGAGUACACCAGAACGAUUCGGGAAGGAGCGACUGAAUUCGAGCCACAGUUCUUCGUCCACGCCACGGACAGAGACGGUCCGCAGCAAGGUGGAGGAAAAGUGUCCUAUUCGAUCGAAUCGGAAAACAGUAUCUCCGGACAUGUGUUCACCGUUGAUCCCAUCAGCGGUGAAAUCAAAAUAACUCGUCCCGUCAACUCAAUGGACACCGAGCGGGGACAAUACGAACUGAUUCUGGUUGCUACCGAUCAUGGUAUGCCACCGUUGAAGAAUAAUACCAGGGUGCUGGUUCGAGUUGGAAUUUCCGGAAAUCAACGCCCCAUUUUCAAGGGUCUAUUCACUAACGGUAAAAACGAUAUUCCCGGUCCGCCCAGCUAUAGGGUCAGCAUUCCCGAGAAUGCUCCUGCCGGGUACGUUGUUGCGAAUGUUAGUGCUACGGAUCCGGACGGCCUCGAUGACCUCUUGAUGUAUAAAAUCGUUGGAGCGAGUGAUAAUUUCGAGAUUAACGACAAAACCGGUCAGAUAACCGUCGCCCGAGAUACCCGCCUGGAUCGCGAUACAAACCCGGAGAGUUAUACCAUUGUAGUAAACGCCAUCGAUGCGGGCAUUCCUAUCCCAGAAACGGCCACCACAACCGUGUUCGUCAAAAUACAAGACGUCAACGAUAAACCACCAAAGUUCACUCGGCAAAGUUACACCGCGUACGUUUCGGAACGCACGAGCAUUGAUUCGGAGGUAAUCAAGGUAACCGCCACCGAUACCGACGUGAACGCUAAGAUUAUGUACGCGAUUGUCGAUCCGAUCUCGGCCAAAACCAAAGCUGGCAUACCGCUCCUGUCAACCUCGCCAUAUGACUUCAGGACUGCUUUCCGGAUCAGUGAAACCGAUGGUGUAAUCUACGUGAAUAAUACACUGGACUAUAACUAUGCGGCGGUUGUUUCUUUAACGGUCCGUGCGGUGGAUGUUAACGCGGAAUACAACAUGGACAUGCAACAGGACCGAGCGGAUGUGACGUUGUUUAUUCAAUCUUUCAAAGACACUAAUCCAGUCUUCAAAAACAAAGGAUGGAACACCAUUAGACCAAAGAUAGAAGUCAACAUAAAAGAAGAACUACCGAUUGGCAGUGUGGUGAUGAAAAUUGAAGCUGAAGAUCCAGUUGCCGACAUACCGAUAGUGGACUUUGAACUGGUAAUGCCUGAUGUAGAUGGAUGCUUUAGUUUGAACGAAAAAACUGGUGAUGUAAUUCUGAAUAAACGUCUGGAUUACGAAACAGCUAACAAGAGACACAUAGACUUCGUGGUUCGUGGUAUGACAAGUAAUCGGAAAAGACAAUCUUUGGCAUACGUUAAUGUGAGUGUGGAGAAUGUCAACGAUAAUGCACCCAUUUUCGAGAAAGAAAUUUAUCGAGUAACGGUUAUGGAAUCCGACCGAUAUCCACAUCAAUUAAUCACAGUCAAGGCAACCGACAACGAUGCAGUAUUUACGGAAAAGGAUAGAUUAUCCGGUUUUAACAGUGUGUGGUACAGCUUGGCAGGAUCGCAUGCUAAUUUAUUUAUGAUCAAUAAUAAAACUGGCGAAAUUUGCCUGGCUAAGGGUCAAAGCUUAGAUCGAGAAAAGCAAUCAGUAUUGAAACUAUCUGCCAUUGCCGAAGAUAUGCCAGGGAAAGCCGGUGAUGCCAAGCGGGGCUAUGCUGAGGUCAUCGUUGAUGUUCUGGAUGUCAACGACAAUGCACCAAAUUUUGGGCAGAAAUCGUACACCGCCGUGAUACCGGAAAAUGUCCUUGCUGAUACGUUUGUCAUCGCCAUUACAGCGCAUGAUCCUGAUGAAGGACCUGGUGGGGAAGUGCGGUACGAUUUUCUAAACGAAGGAGAAGCUAAUGGUCUCCUGCACAUUAACCCAAAAACGGGUGAAAUCAAGACUAAAGUUCUUCUAACCGGAAAAGGUAGAUCGGACCCGUACGAGUUGAUUGUUCGUGCCCAGGAUAACGGAAGCCAGCUGCCGAAGCAACGUUCGCUAUACAGCGAUGUCACCUUCACACUGUACAUCGGCGACAUCAGUGCAAACGACGGUAUUCCUUUCUUCAUUGCACCGAAAGUGGGACAAAUAGCAAAUGUGACCGAGAAUGCUACAAUAGGCGCACCCGUAUUUCAGGUUAUUGCAAGUGAUCCUGACAGUCCUGCCACUGCUAGUGGCACACUUCGGUAUCGAAUCCAAUCCGACAUCGAAGAUGCGAAAUCGUUCAGGAUUGACGAUAAAUCUGGCUUGAUUUCUACGACAAAAUCUCUCGACCGGGAGACAAAAGCCAUGUACAACAUCAUUAUAGAAGUCAGUGACAUGGGGGAACCUCCACAAGCUUCAACGAUUGUCUUGAGAAUUAAUGUGCUGGAUAUUGAUGACCAUAAGCCCCGAUUUGAGCGAGAUGUGGACGCACAGCCAAUUGAAAUGAUGAUUCUAGAGGAGCAACCCGCCGGUUCCAUAGUCGGUAACAUUUCUGCCAUAGAUGAGGACAUUGGCGAAAAUGGAGCAAUCGAUUACGAAUUCAUCGAUGGUAAUGAAUUGGGAUUAUUCAAAAUAUCUCGGACUCAUACCAAUGCCGCUAUUAUCACAACUACACAGCCUAUAGAUCGCGAAAAGUUUGAAUUCGUGAGUCUUACUAUAAAGUGUUUCAAAUAUAAGACUGAUCCGGUACCGACCUCAUCCAUGUACAAUAAAUAUGAUAGAUCAGAACAUAAGAUCUUUAUUCACAUAGCUGACAUUGAUGAUCAUUUACCACAGUUUGAAAAGGAAAACCAAACAAUCGGAAUUCGGCACUAUGUCCCCAUUGAUACCCCCAUUGUAACGUGUAGAGCAUACGACGAGGACCCAGCAGCAGCUACAAUUUAUUACAGUUUGGAAAAUGUGACAUUCGUCCCACAGUUCUUCCGUCGAGACAACAGGUCGGAAAACUAUAGCAACGUAUUUAGUUUGAACAAUGCUACCGGAGAAAUUCGCACCACUAGCAGUAUGUCCGACUUUGUUGAUGGAUACUUCCAGGUUACCAUGAAGGCAAAUAACUCACGAAACUUGGAGCGUUUUGCGGAGAACCACCUGAAAAUAUUCGUUAUCCGUGAUAAAUCUUUGCUGCGAUUCGUUUUCUCCAAGCCUCCUUCGGAAGUGACUACCGUUUUGGAGAAUUUUGCAACUGAGAUACAGUCCAAGCUGACGCAAUCCAAUCUGGAAUUGUCGCUUUUUGAUGCUCAAGUUCUCGCUAAACCGGAUCAUAGUUUAGAUUUCAGUUCGACUAGUUCCUGUUUCCAGCUGUCCCGAUAUGGUUCGGCACUUUCGCCACAGGAUAUGCUGAAAUUGAUGGACAGUCAGGAGAUGAAAGAUGUUCUUCUGGAAACGUACAUGAAAUAUUCGGUACACAAAAUUGACUCAUGCUCAGUAUCACGGAAGCCCCAAACGGCAGCACUGAUAGCAUCCUCAGGUGCCUGGUUGGUCAUACUGGCCGGUUUGAUUGGAUUUGCCGCGUUUGUUUCCACCAUGACUGCCUGCUGUUUAGCUAGAAGAUAUAAAGCACAGCUUCGAAUCACACCUUCAUCGCAGCGAAUGGGAAGCUCGGACAUUUACGGCAGUGCCACUCCGGUAUUAUAUACCGAGCCCGUCUAUGGAGUUCUGUAGCAAGCUAACACUAAAACGUUAAAUUAACACAGUCUGUACAAAACAAGUCAUACGAAAGUUGUAGAAAUGUCGCAAAAAUCAAGGCGCGAAACGUGUGUCACUAGAGAACGAAUGCGUUACUCUGGUGAGCCAUGGUCACGGCCAUUCGCCAGAACUGAAAACAAGCCGAUGUUGUGAAACUUGCCUCUCACCGUAACAAUGAUAGACUAUUGGGAAGAACGGCACGCCAUAGCCUUGGAACUAUGUGCCGUCACAAGAAAGAAAAAAAAUGUUAAGUUUUGACUGUUUGCAAAGGAAAAAAAGCAAAUAAAACAAUAGUUAGAAUAAGCUAUUUAUUUUUAAAUGUAAAAGUUCAUCAGAGUGGCAAACAAAACGUGUUUCGGUCAUUAAGGAAAAUGUGUACGGAAGAAAGUCUAGCCGAUGUGAGUUUGUGAAACUUGUUGCAAGGCGAUACCGCCGUGUUGAAGCGUGGUAGGAUGAAUGAAACGUGAGAUUUUUUUGUAAAUAUCUUAGCUAAAAAUGAUAAAUAAAAUUUUAAUACACAAAAACCGCUUCUGUGUAUAGAAAAUGUUGUAAAUUGAAAUGUCCAUUCAAAGAAUCGGAAUCAUGCAUCAGAAGCAUACCGUGUUUUCAAAUAUAGAUUGGAUUAAUAUCAUCAAGUUCCAAAGUGUCGUCAUCUGAACUAA